CAUCCAACUCAUACCUAUUUCGACACGAAACCACACAAAAAGUCUUUGAUUUGAUUCGAUUCGAAAUGAAUCCCGAAAUGAGCUUCAACAAACUCGGAUACGCGGUGACCGAUCCCACGGUCCAGGUGCUCCGGGCAUCGGCCUUCAUGCAGAACGGCCCCGUGAAACAGGUGCGCAGCUUCGAGGAUCUGGACCGCUGGGCCCGCUCGCAGGCCUAUCACGACACGAUUGCCUACAUCAACCACACCAGCCGGGCCAUCCAGGGCCAUCGAAUGACGCGGGACCCGGACUUUCCGGUGUCGGUGCAGAUGCGGCGCCUGUGCGAGAUCUUCGAUGGCCUGGAGCACCUGCUGGUCGAGCACUCGCCCAAGCCCGAGGAAUCGAACAUAUCUGUGCCGGCCGGCCAGGUGAGAACGCGAUCCUACCGCAUCUGGAUGGAGCACAUGUUCCAGCACGUCUUCAGCAAACUGGACGAGGCCAUCAAGGCGAACUGCAAGCACAUCAACGAACUGGGCCAGUAUCUGCGGCGUUCCUUUGGCAAUUCCUCGAGUCUGGACAUCGGUCCCGCCAACGAGCUCAUGUUCCUCUUCUUCCUCUGCGGCCUCUUCCGCUGCGGCAUCCUUGGUGCCCAGGAUACGGUGGCCGCGGGCCUGCUGCUCUUCAAUCGCUAUACCCAUCUGGUGCGCCGCGUCAUCGCCACCUACUCCCUGCAGAUAACCAAGGAUCCCAUGUGCUCCAUCGACGACUACUGCUUUCUGCCCUAUCUCUGGGGAGCUGCUCAGCUCUCGCUGGACAGUCCCUUCUCGCCGAUGCAGUGCGACCAGGCCAAGGUGAUGGAAAGCCACAAGCAGGACUACAUGAUGCUGGACAUGAUCGAUCACCUGCAGAAGUCGCGCGGCGGCCAGCUGAGCCAGGUGGCCUUUCAGCUGUGGAGCCUGCUCUCGGUGCCCACCUGGCCGCAGGUGUACCGGGGCCUCGAAAGGAACUACAUCGACAACGUGCUCUUCUCGUUCGAAACCUUGGAGCAGGUGAUAUUCUGCGAACUGAUGUCCUUUGAGGCCAUCACGAUGCCCAGGCAGUUGGAGCGGGCAUACUUGGGGCCCCAGUACCUCGAUCGUCGGGAGAACGAGGAGGAUUUGGAGCCGGGGCAGGGUCUGUGGGAGCCAUCGCUUCCGGUCAGCAGAUAUAUCAGCAUGGAGCCGGAGUCCUUCCUUGGCUUUCAGGAACCAAAAGGCCAAUGGAGAUCGGACGACAGCGAGGAGGACGAACGCCUCUGGAUGAUGCGACAGGCUGCGGAUGAGGGUGGGGCCAGCCCUGCGAUGUUCUUCCCGGAUCGGACUGCUACCCAGAAUGACUCUGUCACUUCAUUCGCUACUAAUGGACCCUAAAAUGUCAACCCAAUUAAUGCAUAAAAACUUGUGAGAAUGGAAAUGCAA